UCCACUGCAUUUUGAACCCGCAUUUAUUUGCUGGAAAUCUUCGGGAGAAAAACCAGUGGAAAUUACAACCAGUAACAGCACUGGAGACCAACCCUCAUUCGAGGAUGCGGUGACGAUAUGUAACGUCAGUGAGAAUGGACGCUCUCCCCCUGGGAUGCCUUGGUGUAGCCAAGGAACCUCUGGCACUACGGGACCAUCACUCAAACCAGUUCGUGCCUCCCUUUUUCCAGGACGCAACGAGAAGCGCGUGGGAACAGCCGGAGACACGCCGCCUCUUCACCUCCUCCACCUAAACGGCCUGGCUGCCGAAAAGCGCGUUUUCUGCCCUAAAAGAGCUUCUUGUCGUUACGGACGGAAGGCGCCGUCAUCGCCGUACCUGGCACGUCACCGGUACCGCGGCUCCCCAGAAGCGGUUACUCGACCCAGCACCGCCCCACGGCGGACACGCGUGUGCCAGAGCCCGCCUACCUGCACUGACGUCACCGCUGCGCGCCGGAACAGGCCCCGCCCCGGGUGCCGCUCUGCGCCGGCCGGCCGCCUGCCUGCCCGCCCGGAGAUGAAAAUGUCAGAAGAUGAUAUUAAUACAGAAGAAUACCCCACUGAAAUUCAUGAUUAUCUUGCAGCAUUUGAAAAAUCUCUUGCUUCUGUAGAUGAGAUGCUGAAGACAAUGAUGUCAGUUUCCAGGAAUGAGCUUCUCCAAAAGUUGGAGCCUCUUGAGCAAGCAAAGAUGGAUUUGGUUUCGGUAUACACUUUAAAUUCAAUGUUCUGGGUAUACUUGGCUACUCAGGGAAUCAAUCCAAAGGAACAUCCAGUGAAAAAAGAACUGGAGAGGAUAAGAACAUACAUGAACAAGGUCAAAGAAAUAGCAGACAAGAAAAAGGCAUCCAAACUCGAUAAAGGAGCUGCUUCUAGAUUUGUAAGAAAUGCACUCUGGGAACCAAAUGCUGAAAAUGAAAAUACCUCCAAAACUCCUGCUAAAGGAAAAAAGAGAAAGAUGGACUAAAUCUUUGUUUCCCCUUAUAUAAAUUAGAGACACCCAGAACUUAUUUAGGAAUUUGUUUUGCAUACUAUAUGCAUCUUGCAGAGGUGCUGUAUAACAACAUCUGGAUUAAGUUGUAUUUAAGAAUUUUACAGGAUUGUAUUUUGUCCAGAACACUGGUCACCGAGGUAAUCACAUUAUAUGUGUAUUUUAAAGUGCCAUUUGAUGCGAGAGAAGUAACGUUUCAUUAUUCAAAUUAUAACGACCUGACAUGUGCUUGCUGGUAAUAGAUACUAGUGAUGUUUUGUUCAUAAUGUCUAAGAAGUCCGUUUUUUUUUUCACUGCUGAAUGUUUGACACUUUUUUAUAUGUACUGAAUCUUUUGAAUAUUAAAAAGUCUCAAACAAUGCUGUCCAAUCUGUGGUCUUUAUGCAAGAGCCAUGUUUGCUUUCUCAUUACAUCAUUAUGUGAAAUGCUUUACUUUUAGAGUUUUGUAAGGUUUAUUCACUGUGGUAAAUCGUUUCCUUUUCAGCUUCUCAACUUGAAUGUAUGCUGUAUUCCCAUACUUCUGUUGCCUCUGAGCAAACGGAGCUUCAAGGGUCACAAGCAAACACCCUGGAUUCCACUCUAAGCCCCUGUGUCUAGUCCAUGGAAAAAGUAGAUAUCCCCAAAGGGCAAUUUGUAGGGUCCAAAAAAAUGAGCAGGCUGGGGACAGCUAUUAGAAAACAGCACGUGCAGGAACUUGAUUGGAAUUUUGGCUGCGGUGCUCAUCCCUUACUGCUGACACUGUGAGAGAGAGAGAAAUACGCUCUGAGGUGGCAGGAGUGUGGUCAUCUGUUGUGAUUUCUCAAAUCUUUGUCAAGGAAAGCAUUCUCUAGUGUGAUUAAAAACUACCGCUCUGUUUUACAAGUAUUCUAUUUGUUUUCUGCAAAAUGUGAAGCUUAGACAUGUAGGAGAGGAGGCGUGUUAGUUUCUUUAGAAGAAUCUCACUAGUUCAUUUUUCAAUACACUGCAAAGCAAAACUCAGUUAUCAGCCCAAAAGCUGUAUAGCAGUAAUCUAAUUACUUAUGAAGGAAAAAUAAACAAUUUGGUUCACCAAAAUGCAGCUUGCGUAGCAGUAUACAAAAUUGGUUGGGAAAUAUUGUUAGUAUGAAAGACUAAAUGAUAAGAACAAAUGAAUGCAGUUUUCCUAUAGUUACCGCAAGCUGAAUGAUGUACAGUGGAUGGUUACUGUCCUUACAGAGUUGUACUGCAUCAUGCAAUGCAGAAUAUGGACUAAAUUGAAUUAGGUGCUAAAAUGAAGGUUCUUUUGUCAUUGACUAUCUGAAAAUAUAUAUUUGAAAGUGAAAGCUCAAUACAUUGACAAGUUUAUUAAACUCAAAUAAUUGUUGCAUAACUCUAGAAACAUUUUCAGUGACUGGUAUGAAUUUACACAUUUUUGCUUAAGAUAAAGUCUUUGAAUAAAUAGCAAUUCCUUCAAUCCAACUAACAAGAGAACUUGCUUCUAUAUAUGUUCAUGUAGGUACCUAACUUUGCUGCCCCAAAUCUACAGGACUGCUCAUGGUGAGUAUGCAUAUCAAAGGUCCGUAAACAUGCACCAGCUGAAAGCUAAAAUGAGAACGCUUUAUUUCUACAGGUUAAUGUCAUGGUCAUACCAAACAAAAGCUUUUGGACUCGGGAGCCUUUUUUUGUCUAAUUAAGGUUAAAAAUGAAAAAGACCCAAAGUGUGUUCUUGACCAAAGAUAGCAAUACUCGUGUAAAGCAGUUCUCUUGGUGUGCUCAAUAGGUUUGGACAGAGUUUAUUUGGAAGUCUGUGUGUCCUGUGUUGUACCCCUUUCGACCCGAUACUGCAAAUGAUUGCUGCUAUAAACAGACUUCUGGACUUUGUGUGCACGUAGAGGUCUGCAUGUGCAAAGCAUGAGGUUCUAAAUGUUAAUCUGAAAACCAUUAAUUUCAAAAAAGAAAAAAGGCCAGGUGUCCUAUGAACUAAUUGGGAAGACAAUAGGAUAGAAGUGGUCUGACGUGGCACAAGCCAGAAGUGCUUUAAUGGAGAGAUUUUCUGGGAGAUAACAUCUUAUACUUUGAGAGGCAUUGUUUUGAGGAAAUGCGUAGCUCAGCUUGUAUUUACGCACAGUGCUGUUAAUUAAAAGGGAAUUGAAGGACGUUUCCAUUACAUGAUUUUCGUCUAAAGCUUCAAUUAUAGCUUUUGUUUUUAAGGGAUAAUGUCUGAAAAGGAUUGUAAUUCAUUGUCCAGUAAAGUACACAGGUUUCAUUGGUAAAUGUUUAAAUAAGAAUAAUGUAAAGCUAUUAGCUAAGACUUACUGAGGUAGAAGUCCAUCUGGUAUAAUUAAUUAUAUACAGGUAUUUGGCAUUUGUGAUACCGCAGUUUAAAUAGAUGUAACAAAUGCAACUUUGUAAACUUUUUUUUUUUAAAAGCUUGUAUCAAGCAGUAUGGCUGAUCACAGCCUGGAUUUGUAGCUUUUCUAACACAAAGAAAACAACCCCGACAAAUGCCCCACAAACUAAGAAGCGUUAACCAUAUGCUUGUUAUUCGCUAACAACUCUAUUAGAAAGAGGUCUGAAAUACAAGGUCAUGAACGCUAAGUGUUUUUUAUAUCACUGAAAAGUUCUUGGAACAUUUAGACUUCAGGAUAGGUAUUUGACUUUACUGAGGUCUCAAAUAUGAAAUGAGUUGACUGAACAUUGUUCAUGAAAAGUUCCUCCCUGGAAAAGCUACAUGAAUAUUGGAAUAAAAAAUAAAAACUUUCCUGCCUCAAAAUAGGAGUCUGGCAAGAAGAACAUUUCUUGCAGUGGCUGUGUGCGUAAAUCUGUAUGAGCUGUAGUUUGUAGAAUGGUUCUACAGGGCCUGAAAAGGAAGGAAAACAUCUGUGAGACUUCUAGUCUCAUUGCUGAAUGUGCUGAAUAUGGUGCAGAAAUACCAACUCUGCAUUAGUUAAUGCCAAUGUAAUGCAAAGAGUUGCUAUUUAACAGCAAAAGUUAUUAGUACCAGUGCAUUAAAGUAUUAAUGAACUUAAGAUAUUUAAAGAGAACAUUAAGGUGUGUGUGACGCCUGCCUGCUUUGUCUUGAUUUUGCUAUAAAUAUGUUAUGGGUUAAUUAAUACCGGCUAGACAUACCAGCUAAGAGAAGCACUAAAAAAAUGCUGUUUAUGAGAAAGUUUUUAAGUAAUGCAAUGCUAAAAUAAUGUAAAACUCUAAGUUAUGGUAGAAACAGAUAUGUAGUUGGAUUGA